CUCUGGGUCACAUGCUGCUGUCCCGGCCCUAUCAGGGGCGUCUCCAUCCUGCUGCUGCCGCCACCGUUGGCUUAGAGGACACAUCAUCUCCCCUUGAGGUCCUGCAUCCCUCCUCAGCUUCAUCCUCUCUCCUUUCUACCAGCACUUUCUCAAUCUCUCGUCCACCCCUGCCCUAGGAAGACUCACUAUGGCAGUCGAGAGAAUCCAUGCCCGUGAGAUCCUGGACUCCCGUGGGAACCCCACCGUUGAGGUGGACCUCUACACACACAAAGGCAUGUUUCGAGCAGCCGUCCCCAGCGGAGCAUCCACUGGUAUCUACGAAGCGUUGGAGCUGAGAGACAAUGACAAGUCACGUUUCCUUGGAAAAGGGGUCCUGCAGGCCGUGGAUCAUAUCAACAGCACUGUCGCCCCAGCUCUCGUGGGCUCUGGCCUCUCUGUUGUGGAUCAAGAGAAGAUAGACAACCUGAUGCUUGAGAUGGACGGCACAGAGAACAAAUCCAAGUUUGGUGCCAACGCUAUCCUGGGAGUUUCACUGGCCGUGUGCAAGGCGGGAGCUGCAGAGAAGGAUGUGCCCCUGUACCGGCACAUCGCUGACCUGGCUGGCAACUCUGACCUCAUCCUUCCUGUGCCAGCUUUCAACGUGAUCAAUGGAGGCUCCCAUGCAGGCAACAAACUGGCCAUGCAGGAGUUCAUGAUCCUGCCUGUGGGAGCCGAAAGCUUCCGUGAUGCCAUGCGCAUCGGGGCUGAAGUCUACCACAACCUCAAGAGUGUCAUCAAGGAGAAGUAUGGCAAAGAUGCUACCAAUGUGGGUGAUGAGGGAGGCUUUGCCCCCAACAUCCUGGAAAACAGUGAAGCUCUGGAGCUGCUCAAGGAAGCUAUUGACAAGGCGGGCUACACAGACAAGAUCGUCAUCGGAAUGGAUGUGGCAGCCUCCGAGUUCUACCGUGAUGGCAAAUAUGACCUGGACUUCAAGUCCCCAGAUGACCCAAGCCGCUACAUUUCUGGAGAUGAGCUGGGUGACCUCUACCAAAGCUUUGUACGUGAUUACCCAGUGGUGUCCAUUGAAGAUCCCUUUGACCAAGAUGACUGGGAGGCCUGGUCUAAGUUCACUGCCAAUGUGGGGAUUCAGAUAGUGGGAGAUGACCUGACAGUGACAAACCCCAAGCGCAUCGAGCGAGCUGUUGAAGAGAAAGCCUGCAACUGCCUCCUGCUCAAAGUCAACCAGAUUGGAUCUGUCACAGAGGCCAUCCAAGCCUGCAAGUUGGCCCAGGAGAAUGGAUGGGGUGUGAUGGUGAGCCACCGAUCCGGGGAGACUGAAGACACCUUCAUUGCUGAUCUGGUUGUAGGACUGUGCACUGGGCAGAUAAAGACAGGUGCUCCCUGCAGGUCUGAACGCCUGGCUAAAUACAACCAGCUCAUGAGGAUUGAGGAAGAGCUUGGCGACGAAGCACGCUUUGCCGGACACAACUUUCGCAACCCAAGUGUUCUUUGAACAUUGUCCCCAGGGCACAGCCACCCUGCUGCUCUUUCCCACCUCACAGACUCUGAGCCCCCUUUUCCCUCCACUGCUCCCUUUUUUGCUCUUUCUCCCCACUCUGUCACCUGGUUUCCUCUCACCUCAAAAGCCCUCGCGUUCAGGUGUCCCUGGCUAGAUGUACCCAGGUGAAGGAUGAGAGAGCAGCCUACACCCCGUCCCUUGCUGUGGGGUCAUAAGCAUUCCUGGAUCUAGGCGUUGUGUGUCUCUGUUGUUUGUGCAGGGCCAUGCCUGGGCCGCUCCGCUCUCAUGUGAGAGCACGGGAGCGCCUGCCCGGUGUGCUCCCUCGUGUGCCGAAGCAUGUGCGGUGACCAUCUGUGCGUCGGCCGGUGUGCUCGGACACUGCUGCACC